UCAGUUCGCUCGCGACGUUAGCAUCGUCCGGUUGUGGCGCCAUCGUAUUCCCUUCUCCCUCGGUUCUCGCUCUCUCGCGCGCGUGGGGCAUUGUCUCAGAGGAACGAUCACCUGGUUCCUGGCGCAUCCGUGAGUCCAUCGAGCGCCGAAAACGACGCGUCUUCUCCCGUGGUGCACGCUGUGUGUUGUGGUUUCCUCGGCGGUCGAGUUUUCGUCGACCGUGUACCUCUCGUCCGGAGCAACAAGUGAGCACGUGGAAAAUACGCGGCUCCGCCGGUGAGUCGAGAUCAUCUCCGUCGGGGAAGCCCGGCUGAAACGUCGAUCUCGCGCGCGGGAAGAUCGGCUUCGCGCAGCACGAGCUGCAGCGCCAGUGCGCGAACGGUCACGGAAUUGAAACGGGGUCACGUGAUAAAAACGAUCGCGCACGGAAGUUGGCGUCUUGCGAUUCUCGCGAAGUGAACCGCGCCAAGUUCGCGCCGAACACACGGCGGAGCGGGUCGCGCGCGGGUGGCCGCGGGAAGAUUCUCCGAGCUCUCGUCGUGGGCUCGUCGAGAGAUCGUCUGUGCCGAUUAAUCAUCCGUGAAACUCGUUAACUUGGUGCGUACCUGGAGUGGAUCGACGAGUGUAUGACACCUCUCUCGGGACGCUGACCGUUGCGCGGACAUGGACGCGGUAGUGGCUCCGAGAAUCGUCGCGUCGAACGAAGAGAGAAGCACGACGUACCGACUCGUCACGUAAGCCAGGGGUGGGUUCACAGUGAUCGGUGACAAGUCCCUUGGAAGACUCGCGCGAGACUCGUCGAUCGUCAACGUCCGGAACAGCGCAGCAAGUUUCCCCGCCGACCGGAGUGGUGCGCGAAGCGACGCGUUGCGACGCAAGACGAGUGCGAGAAGCGAUCGGGGAUUUUGCUCUUUUUCCCGAUUGAUGAUUGUGUAAGCGUCGUCUGGUCAAUGGUCGUCUUUGUUCAGCUCGUAUCUGGAAUUGCGGGGACUCUCCUGGACCAUGGCUGCCGCGAGGAGGCUCGCGGACGCGGUGACUCUCGUCGUCGUCGUUCUGCUCAUCUUGCACCGCGACCUGCACGCUGUUCAAGCGCGCGGAUUUCGGCGCAGCCUCAAUCACGUUCCAGCUUCGACCUUUAAAAACAGUAGCCUCUUCCCGCCUAUAUUCAACGUCGCCGCGAAAGCGGAGAUUUACGUGAACGCGACAUGCGGCGAACACGGUCCGGAAACGUUUUGCAAGCCCUCGGAACCGUCGAGAUGCGCCGUCUGCGACUCCAGGAGCCCGGAUGCCGGCAAGAGGCAUCACAUUAGCAACGUCCUGCAUCUGAAUUCUGGCAGGUGGUGGCAGAGCCCGACGAUAGCUAGAGGCGAUCGCUAUGAAUAUGUGACGAUUCUCCUGGAUCUCAAGCAGGUCUACCAAGUGGAGUACGUAAUAGUGAAGGCUGCGAACUCGCCGAGACCUGCCGCCUGGAUCCUUGAGAAGUCCUUGGACGGUGAAAAUUUCCUUCCCUGGCAGUAUUACGCGCCGAGCGACGAGGAAUGCUGGCUGAGAUAUUCGACGUCGCCCGCCCUGGGCAAAGCCAUUUUCAUCAACGACGACGAUAUCAUAUGCACCAGCCAACAUUCCAAGCAGACUCCUAUGGAAAACGGCGAGAUCCACACGUAUUUGGUGAGCGGUCGGCCCGGGGCUCUUAGUCACAGCUCGACUCUCUUGGAAUUCACCCAGGCGAGAUACGUCCGACUGCGUCUUCAGGGGCUUCAGCGCAGCGUCGAGUCGUCCGCCGACAAAAGGCAGGCCUUUUACUCUAUAAAGGAAAUCAACAUCGGGGGCCGGUGCCCGUGUUCCGGACACGCGGCGCGAUGUCGGCACAGCGUGCAUCACGGGAUGACGCGUAUUCGCAGCGGACGCAUAGGUGCGCGCGUACGUUCGAGAACGCGGCUACUUCGCCCCGGCGAGAAUCUGAUAAGCGCAUUUCGCGUUAUCCCUCAGCAUCAGGAAUGCGAGUGCGAGCGCCACACGUGCGGCGAAAGAUGCGAAAAAUGCUGCCCCAUGUACAAUCAGAUCCCGUGGAGGCCCGGCACCGCCGACAAGGGCUUUCGCUGCGAGGUGUGCAACUGCAACGGGCAUGCCACGUCCUGCAGAUACGACCAGGAAGUCGACAGGAGGGGAAUGUCCAUGGAUAUCCACGGGGAAUACCGAGGCGGCGGCGUGUGCGUCAAUUGCACGAAGCACACGACUGGGAUCAACUGCGAGACAUGUGAGGUCGGCUACUACAGACCGAACGGUGUCGCACCCGAUGCACCGGAGCCGUGCGUACCUUGCAACUGCGACUCGCACGGCAGCACUGGUUACUGCACUCCUGAUGACUCGUACACCUCUGUGGGAAAGGUAGCAGGUGCUUGCGAAUGCAAGCCGGGCUAUUCGGGCUACAUGUGCAACCAAUGCGCGGCGGGCUAUCAACAGUUUCCCGACUGUAUGCCGUGUCCGUGCGAUUCUCGUGGGAUCUUGCCUUCCGACGACUGUGAGGGUGACUGUCUCUGCAAGACUAACGUUGCCGGGGAAUUUUGUGACCGCUGCAAACCCGGCUACUUUGCGCUCACGAAGAGUAACAUUGAUGGUUGCUCGCCCUGCUACUGUUUCGGCAGGACCGACCGCUGUACCAGCGCCAGAUUGUCGUACAAUAUGGUUUCCACGCUGGAGAACUGGUUGGUGACCGACAUGAACGCGUCCCGAGCAGUCGUUCCCACUUUGAUGACGGACGACGGAUGGUUAACCGUGACGGCAGACGAGGUCGAGUACAGCAGCCCUUUCUGGCUGGCGCCGCAGGUCUACAUUGGGAAUCUCAUAUCCUCGUACGGCAGCAAUCUCACGUACUCCGUUACGUGGGCAGUCAUACGAGGCGACAGCAGUGGCAAACCGACCAUCGAGCCCAACGUCAUCCUGAUUAGUAACAAUGGAUUGCGCAUCGCGUAUGGUGAGGAGCAGUACAGUAGCGUUAAAGCGGAGGUCUCGGUCUCUCUGCGAGAACACGGUUGGUAUCAUGUUCGGGACGAGAUCCGAGACAUUCCGACGAGAUUAAGAAGAACCGAAUACCGUGGCGAUCCUGUGACGAAGGCCCAGAUGAUGCGUGUCCUCGCCGAUCUGAAGCAUCUGAUGAUCAGGGCGAAAUACCAUUCGGAACAAAUCGAAGGAAAUCUUCAAUUUGCCGUAUUGACGACAGCCGAAUUGUCACCAGACGGCAAGAUCAACAAUCUAAUCGAAAAGUGUGAGUGUCCCGAGGGAUACGAAGGAUUGUCCUGCGAGAAGUGUGCUUGGGGAUACGCGAAAGUUAUUACCAAUAGCACCCAUUUCCAGGAUCAUCACAUAUGCGUGAAAUGCGAUUGCAAUGGUCACGUCGGGUCCUGCGACCUCCUAAUGGGCGAGUGCGGGACGUGUUUACAUCAUACGGUGGGUCCGAAGUGUGAUCGUUGCGCUGUGGGAUAUUAUGGUAUCGCAACGAAGGGCACUAGCGAAGACUGCAAGAAAUGUGCGUGUCCAUUGUUCAUCGAAUCUAACAAUUUUAGUCCGAGUUGUCAACUUGACGAUCCUACCGAUAUUAACAGUGGAUACGUGUGCACCCAGUGUCCGGAAGGAUACACCGACGAUCAUUGCGAAAGUUGUGACGUAGGAUUUUAUGGUAAUCCUUUGACUCCCGGUGGCACUUGCCAGCGAUGUCUCUGCAACGGCGGUGCUUGCGACCAAGAGACGGGCCGCUGCCUGGAAUGUCGCGGGAACACCGAGGGCUGGAAAUGCGAUCGAUGCAAGGAAGCGCACUUCGGCGAUCCCUUGAAGCUGAAUUGCAUGCCGUGCGACUGCUCGCCUCUCGGCAGCAAUUCGGCUCAGUGCGACCGGGUCACCGGUCAGUGUCCCUGCGGCUCUCUGUUCGCCGGUCGUGACUGCUCCUCGUGCAUCGAAGGCUACGGGAACGUGACCGCAGGUUGCCGUGAGUGCGACUGCGACGUGGGUGCCCUCGGCGGACUCUGCGACCCCGUGAGCGGCGUGUGCAGGUGCGCCCCAGGCGUCGUCGGCUCCCGCUGCGACCGCUGCGACGCGGACCACUACGGCUUGACAUCGGACGGCUGCAAAGGAUGCGGCUGCAACAACAUGGGCUCCAGCAGCUCCGCCUGCGACAUCGUCUCGGGUCAAUGUCAAUGCAAACCGCAGGUCGUCGGCAGGCAGUGCAACGAGUGCAAGAUUGGUUACUGGGGAUUAGCAUCGGGAACGGGCUGCGCGUCUUGCAGUUGCGAUCUUAUGGGAUCCCGCAACGUGUCCUGCCACAGCAACACAGGACAAUGCUACUGCAAGCCAGGCGUAGGCGGUACGAUCUGCGACACUUGUCUGUCUGGAUACUACGGAUUCUCGGCGAACGGAUGUCAGCUAUGCGACCCCUGCGUGCGACCCGGUCACGUGUGUGACCCUGACACCGGUCGCUGCGUCUGUCCCAGCCUGACCUAUGGCGAGCAUUGUGAUCGGUGCAGGCCCGGCGCCUGGAAUCUGGUGCCACGCGUCGGCUGCAGGCCCUGCGCGUGCACUCUCGGCACCACGCGACCGCAAUGUGACCACCAGGGCCAAUGUCCUUGCAGAAUCGGCUACGACGGGCUAAGGUGCGAGAGGUGCACCAAGGGUUACUACGGUUAUCCCAGAUGCCGGCCGUGCAGCUGCAAUGUGGCCGGCAUCACACAGUGCGGGGAUGGUGUCUGCGAGUGCGACGACAAGGGACAGUGUCCAUGCAAGGAACUGGUCGUCGGGCGACAGUGCGAUCAAUGUAAAGAGGGCACGUUUGGUCUCGCGACGAGUAACGCGAGAGGAUGCACCGAGUGCUUCUGCUUCGGAAGAAGCGCUUUAUGCCGCCAAGCUAGGCUCAGCUGGGGUCAACGUAGACUCACGCAUCCCCGUGUUCUCUACAUCAACGAGACGGUCCACGACAUCACGAUUACGAACUUCGGCGCCACGAAUGUGCUGCCGACGGUGAACGGCGGCUUGAACGUGACAAACGGCCUCUCCGUGAUCCCUGGGUCCGAUGGUGACGUCACGUUAUCCUCGAAUCUCUACUACAAUUAUCCUCUAUACUGGAAACUGCCGGAUUCAUUCCUGGGCGACAAGGUUGUCUCGUACGGAGGAUUCCUCCGCUUCAACGUUUCAACGGAAGGUGGGAUACCCCUGAGAACGAGUCUCCGGUAUCCUCUGGUGCAGAUGCAAGGGAACAGUAAGAUCGUACUGGAGUAUUAUCUGCGCGCACCAGUGAGCGAUGAAAAUCGCUACGAAAUCAGGCUCCACGAGUCGCUGUGGCAAUUGCAGAACAGGCCAGAUUACAAAGUCUCCAGGGAGGUGCUGAUGGUGGCGUUGCAAAACCUGCAGCACAUCCUCGUCAAAGCUUCGGAUAACAUCGAAUUCACAAGAACUACACUUCUGGAGGCGUCUCUGGACGCCGCCGUCCUCACGCCCACGCAUUCGCCGUCGCUGGCGAUCGGAGUGGAGAUCUGCGAGUGCCCAGCGGAAUACAACGGCACUUCCUGUCAGGAUCCGAGCAUCGGCUACUACAGGUGGCACAUGAACACCACCGCCACGUCCACCGGCGUGCUCGAUCUCGUCGGGCAAGCCAGACGCUGCCAGUGCAGCGGCAGAUCAGACGUGUGCGACAGGGAGACGGGAUAUUGCUUGAACUGCCGGGAGUACACGACCGGCGCACGGUGCGACGUUUGCGCGGACAGUUUCUACGGCCACCCGGAAUUCGGCGGCUGCAGGCCGUGCCCGUGUCCGCAGGUCGACAAGAGUUUCUCGAGCACCUGUGUGAUCCGCACGGGCAACGAACCCAUUUGUCACUGCAAGCCAGGUUACACCGGCAGAAAAUGCGAGUACUGCUCCUACGGCUAUUACGGCUCACCCAAUCUUCCGGACGGCAAGUGCGUCCCGUGCAAUUGCAACUUGGCAGGAAGUUUGAGCGACGCCUGCGACGGUGAGACGGGUCAGUGUAAAUGCCGGCCCGGUUCCACGGGUAGGGAUUGCUCCGAGUGCACGGCGUAUCGUCAUGUUUACAUAAACGACGUUUGCACUACGUGCGACGACAAUUGCACGGGAAUUCUGCUCGACACCGUCGAGACGUUAUCCGCAAAGCUGGCGGGGGGCACGAGUCACAUAGUGGACGGCAGCAUUCUGCCUCCGUGGGACGAAUUGGCGUACGUCAAUGCCAACGCUACCGAGUAUCUCGGGGAAUUGGAACUGCGAGAUCGCCUGCAACAGAGAAUGAAGAAUGUGCCCUGGCACCAGCACAUGAAACUCAUGAAGGAUGUCGAGGCUAUGCUGAGAAACGCGAACAUUCAUGCGAGACACGCCGAUACACUGAAAACCAGAAGCAGCGAUUUGAAGAACAACAUCUUCAGCUCGAAGAUUGAGAUCGAGAAGCUGCACAGGAAUAUCAAAGAUACGAUCUCACAGCUCAAUCAGUACAGUAGCGACAAUAAGAGGAUUGGUAUCAAGAAGGCCUUGAAAACCGGCAAGAUGAUCCUGAGUUAUCUCAAGUCCGUCGACAUCAGCAAGAGAACCAUGGAAGUCGAGGACUUCCUCGACGAGGUUGCCGAGUACGUGGCGUGGCUAAACUCGCUUGAGGACGCGACCGAGCCAUUAGCGGCCGCCCAGGACGACGCAGAAGAUUACGAGGUGAAGUUAAAAGACGUGAGAACGAUAGUGGAGGACACAAUGGAGACGUUGUUCAGCUAUGACGGCCUGUACAACAGUAUCAACAGGACGUUAGUCGAAACCAAACAGCAGUGCAUUCGUAUCGGCACGCUGCGCGACGAGACGAAUAAGUCAGUCGCCGAAGGGGAGGAUCUCGUGGACCAGGCUCGUGGCUUCCUCGUCGACGCUGAAAACAAUGUUCAGGAUCUCCCGAGCUUGCGAGACAAACUGGCGCAUUGGAAGGAGAAGCUGACCAUGCGGGAGGAAAUUCUAUACCGGUUGAAUUACGAGUACAACCAGCAGUAUGUGAUACCAGCGGUGACGCACGCGAAGAAUCUAUCGAAUUACGCCGACCAGUACGUGAGCUUGUUCGCCGAGACGCGGGACAUCGCAGCCAGCCCUUUGAAGGCCAGUCAAGCCUACAAGAACAUCGUCGAUGGUCUGAAAGCGGCGAAGGUCACCGCACUGGCGGCUAAGACGGCUAUCGAGGAGGUGUACGCGAAGGUCUUCCCUCCUUCGGAACGAAAGUCGCUGUUGGAUGAAGCCAAGGAGGCAUUUUCCAAAACCUCUCGCCAGUGGGAAACGGCGAAAGAGCAUAAUAAACUAGUCAAGAAAGCGAGCGCUGAAGUAGAGGCGCAGAAACGAGCCGUGUACACGUUGAAAGACACGUUGAACAGCACUGGGAUCAGAGACAAUCAGAUCAACGUAAAACUGCGGGAGCUUCAGGGCAGCAGCAAAAAGUUCCACGAGGAUGUGCAGAAUAUUUUGAACGAGAACGACGAAGUGACGGAAUCGAUUAGGAACAAGCAACGAUUGAUCGAUGAUUACAAUCAGGGGAUCGCCGACAGGCUGAGGCCAAAGUUGAACGAACUAAAACGCGAAGGCGACUCGAAGAUCAGCUUGGCCAGCGAGAAACUGACAGAGGCACUGAGCAAUAUUAAGAAAGCCGACGCGAAGUUGAUCAGCUUGUCGAACGCUGCGAUGAAGCGGAAGGCUGUCUUCGACAAGUGGAACGACACGUUAGCUACGAAGCUACAGAAUCUCAAAGAUAAGAUCGCGGAGGCCCGUAAUACCGCCGACGGGAUACGCGUCUCUCUGAAAUCGGCGCAGGACAAGCAAUGCAUCCGUUCCUACAGACCGGAGACACUGCAACCUUCGGCGACCUCGUCGAUCGUGAUGACAUUCGCGCUUCCGGCCGGGCGCAAAGACGGUUCCCUGUUUUACUUGCCCAGUGGAAUAAACGAUGACUUCAUCGCUCUAGAGAUAGUCGACAGGAGAGUACGGUUUUUGUGGAACGUCGGCGGCGGUACGGGCCUCCUGACGCAUCCCGAAGUCCUCGAAAGCGGAGAUCCGCAGAACGACACGUUCUGGUAUCGGAUCGAGGCUGAGAGAACUCGACAUGUAGGUAAGCUGAGCGUGCGCAAGCAAAUAUCCACAUCCGGCAAGUAUUUGCCUGUCGUUAAUUCCACCAACUCCGAGUAUGGUCGUUUCGACAUUCUGCCUACGGACCGAGUGUGGAUAGGAGGUAUUCCCAAGUCGCAGAAGAAGCCGACGGAACUGAUUGCGCCGAACGGCCUCGCCGGUUGUGUACAUCAGGUGAUCUUCGAUGGAAAGCAGAUCGGCCUCUGGAAUUUUGUCUCGACCGCGCCAGAUAUGGCCUGUGCAGCCUGCGUGGAAGGAGUGGAAGCCGCCAGAGACGAUAUAGCUUACAGUUUCAAUGGCAAAGGUUACGCCGUGAGGAACAGAGUCUCGUCCGCUCCGUACAGCAAGUAUAUGUUCGGAGUGUCCUUCAGUUUUCGAACAUACGACGAGAACGCGUUGCUGUUCUUGGCGAUCAACCCGGAUAACAACCAGCAUAUCAUGAUCUACUUGCGGGAAGGUAGGGUGAUCCUCGACGUCGGCUACGGCGGGAACGUCAGUAUAGAGAUGUCCUCAACGUACAAGUAUAACACUGGCAACUGGACAAAGGUAGACGCCGGCAGGCAGUAUCAAGUGCAAAAGCACAUCGAGAAGUGCAGUCUAAGCAUCGACUCUGACGACAAGCGGAUCGGCGCGCCCACGCCUCAGCCUAGGAAAGAGGACCUCCCUAAUUUGGCGCAGGCCAAGUAUUACAUCGGCGGCUUGCCGCCGAGUUUCCGCGCCGACGAGGUGUUACCUUCCCAGGUGUCGUUCCUCGGCUGUAUGUCCAAUCUUGUGGUACAACAAGGUUACGAUCCGAUGGCGGAACUGUAUUACGGGGUGGAGCCCAGUUGUCGUAGAAAGCCAUUGAAGAUAGUCGGAUUUUACGGGGACGGCUACCUGGAGCAUCCCGCGUACACCUUACGGAAGAAACACUCCGUUCUAAGCUUCUCCUUCAGGACCCCGCAAGAAGCAGCCAUGCUGCUUCUUUCCACAUUCGAGGGUAACGAGGACAGGCCAAGUGUCGGCAACACAGGCCAAGGAGAAAAUAAUAACUAUUAUUCCGUAUGCAUCGUCAACGGGCAAGUGCAGGUGCGUCUGAACGCCGGCCAGGGCGAGCUGGUUCUGCAGUCGAACAGCACUUUCAACGACGGCCGAUAUCACUCGGUCACCGUCAUUAAGAGAAGGAAAGAGGUGGAACUGAGGAUCGACGACGCGUAUCAGAGCACAGGGAGAUUAGCCACCAGCGCAGCCAUCAAAGCUCCGAGCGCAAACAAAGGGCUGUUCUUCGGCGGACUGCCAGCUCUCAUCAAUAACACCAAAAUGGUCACUACCAACACGCCGUUGUACGGUGCUAUCAAGGAUGUGAUUGUCAAUGACGAAAUCCUCCGAUUCGACGACGCCAUUAACUUCGAUCACGCUCUGAUCGGCCGCUCCGGGCCGAGCAUGGGGAAAGACCCGCCGAGCUACGUGCCCUCGGCAUCGCUGUCCCGGGGAAUGUCUACGCAACCCGAGGGGUGCCAAAAGGUGCCGUAUUACUCGUUAGAACCGGGCGCUCUAAAAUUCGGCGAUAAACCGCACAGUCACACGCAGCUCUAUCUCAACUUCAAGAAGUUUUGGGAGAAAGACUACGUGAUCGAAUUCGAUUUCAGGACGUAUUAUCCUAACGGGCUGCUUUUCAUCACCCCGGGUCUCAGACUAAGGAACUAUCUGAUGGUGGUUAUUCAAGACGGGCAGCUUCUUCUAUUGCUAAAGGGUAAGCAGCACAGAGAGAUGCUGUUCAAGACACCGUUCAACGACGGCAAUUGGCACCAUGUCGUCCUCAGUCGCGAAGAAAGGAAGCUCACUCUGUUGGUGGACACCCAGACACCGCGCACUCUCAAACUGCCGAGGAGAGCCGGCCUGGCGUCUAUGAUGUACAUAGGAGGUCUUCCGGAGAACGGGACGCCUCUGCCGGAUAACGUGGUCACCAAACUGGAGACUCUGAAGGGCUGCAUCAGAGGCUUGCGAGUCAACGGGAACGUUUACGAUAUGGUAGGCUCCACCAGCAGAGCUUUCAACGUCGGCCAAUGCUUCCCGAGCGUCGAGAGCGGCGCAUAUUUCCAAGACGAGGCGUACGCCAUUUACCAGGAGAAUUUCGAGCUGGGUGCCGUGCUGGAGCUCCAGCUGGAGUUCAGAACGUCGGAAUUGUCCGGCGUGCUGCUGUCGAUCAGCGCGCCCGACGGCUCGCCCUCCUUGGCGCUGGAGCUCAACAACGGCAGGGUAAUCAUGUCGGGUGAUCUGGGCGACAACAAUCCGUUGUACGUGGAGCAACGGUUCGCCAGUCCGUACGCGAUCUGCGACAAUCGGUGGCACAGGAUUCAGGCGGUGUACAAUGACGAGGAGCUGGCGCUCAAGGUGGACGAGCUGGAUCAGAAGUACGGCCUGCCCACAAAAGCGAAUUAUCACUUCGCCGACUCCACUACCUACGGGCCGUUGUACAUAGGCGGUAUACCAGCGUCCGCUCAAAAAGGCUCGCUGAUAACACGGGAUCACUUCAACGGGUGCAUUAGGAACGUGAUGAUAGGAGGGGAGAGGCGGGACUGGACGGACAUGGCUGAGCUGCACAACAUCCAUCUGAGCUCCUGUCCGGUUCAAUGACAACUCGCGACGAAGGAUGAGGACGAAGCUCUGCGUUCGGCGUUUAGUUCCAAAGACUGCUCGAGGAAUCGUACCGGGUGUUCGCGAUCGCACUGAGAUUAACGUGCCAUAUUCGCAUGUGGGCGGGUUCUUAACACAUCGCGGGCCGAGGACGCGAAUCGACGACGUCUUUAGCUUCUUGCAGCAUUGACGAGUAUCCUAUGAGGACAUCCGUGGAAUCCACUUCCUUACGUGGAUUCGACGUGGAUGUAAGACGUAGAUGUCUUUGUGGGAAAUAGAAAUAUUGUCGAUUCACAUUUUCAGGGAAGAAACUUCACCUGUAUAUUCUGUCUCUUGAUGUCCCUUUAUAAGGGAUAACGUUGCAAUAUUGUAUUAAAGAAGCAUUACAAGUACGUAUACACUAAAACUGUAUAUUUUAAUUUUGAGUAAAAUACAAUCACAUAUGCGGUCCGCAAUGUGUUGAGACGUAAGACUUAAAACAAAGCCAAAAGAUGCUAAACCGUAGGUCGUUUUGUUAAGCGAAAUGUCGUAUAAUUCGUGACAGAAAGAGAGAGGGACCGUGCGCGUCGAUCCCAGCCCGAUAGAUAAAUGAUGGUGCGAAAAAUUUGUUCGUCUUACACACAUACAUACAUACGUAUAACGCAUGUUAGACGAUAACAUUUUCACGAGUAUGUAGCGAGACCACUGCCAUAUAUAGUUUAAUUGCUCGUAAGUCGCCAUAAGUCAAGCUAGAUAAUUUGUACAUCAGUAUUUAUAUAAAGAAGCCGUUAUUUAUUAUCGUAUAACGCGAAUCCGAUAUUCGUGAGCGUCGUGUGGACGGGACAGCGAGUAGAGCAAAAAAGCGACUACGUUUUAUACUUUUAUAACAUUAGUAAGACUUCUCCGAUAUGUAGGCGUAUUAUCGGAGUUAUUGACACCAUAUUCCGGUGUCGAACCGGAUUCCAUUCGAGAGAUUUCACGGGGACGCGUAAAUGCCCUUUAAAUGAAACAAAGAAAGAACAAACGCCCUUUAAUUGGGCACAAGAUGAGAGAUCCUCGAGGGAGAAUAUUUUUAAUAUAACUUGCGUCUCAUAGUCUCGAUAAUCGGUCGAUGAAUUGUAAUAUAUUAUACAUAUACAGACGAAGAUUAACAAAUAAUGCGCACAUAAAAUAUGCGGGCUCGUUCUAUUCCGUAUAGAACAUAUAUAAACGAUGAAAGUACAACCAUGUUGCUUUUAUUUACCUUCCUUUACAUAUUAAAAGAUAAAGAUAGAUUAUAUUAGUGUCGGUCUACGAGGAUAGUCUGAAAAGUUUUGAGCCUAACAUAAAAACAAGUAUUUUUACGGUCAAAUGCAGUUUUAUUUUUCAGUUUCCUUUUAAGUCGGAAUACUUUUUUCAGCGAUGCUCCAACCUUUUUAACCCUCAUUGGACCCCAGCUUUUUAUGCGUGAUUCUCACUAGGUUGCAGCUGAUUUCGGUAAAUAUGCGAACUUGUCACUUCCUAC